GUUUCGUCACUCUCCGGGGAGGAGCGUGAGUGACGCGUCACAGUUUGAGGAGGACAGACAGCUCGGCCUCGGCGGCUAAAAAAGGGCGGCGGUGCUCUCUGCGAUCGAACAGCUGUGGAGGAGAGUAGGAAACGCGGGUGUCAGCCCGGAUUAUUGCAGCCGUUCCACGACAACACGACAGACCGACAUUGGGUUGUUCAUUUCGCGACUGUCACCGUGUUGUUAUUUCUGCGCGAUGGAGUUUCCGGAUUUGGGAGAGCACUGCUCCGAGAACACCUGCAAACGUCUAGAUUUUCUACCAAUGCGAUGUGAUGCCUGUCAAGAGAUUUUCUGCAAGGACCACAUUACCUAUGCAAACCAUAAGUGCAUGUCAUCCUACAAGAAGGAUGUCCAGGUCCCAGUAUGUCCCCUGUGCAACAUCCCCAUUCCCAUCAAAAGGGGAGAGAUGCCCGACAUUAAAGUUGGCGAACACAUUGAUCGGGAUUGCAAGUCGGACCCCGCGCAGAGAAAGAGAAAGAUUUUCACAAAUAAAUGUUCUAAAGGAGGCUGUAAGCAGAAGGAAAUGAUACGAGUUACCUGUGACCAGUGUCAUUUAAAUUACUGUCUUAAGCACCGGCAUCCGCUGGACCACGAUUGUAAGACUGAUGGGAAACCUCUGUCCAAACCGGGACAUUCUGCUUUAAUGAGGGCCCAAGGUACUUCCUCUACCUCCACCUGCGCCUCCGCUUCAUCAGGUUCAAGACACUCUAGACCCGUUUCUAAUGGUGUCAGUGCCAACAGCAGAGGACACGGCACUGGCACUGCACAACGGAUUCCUACUUCCGUUUCAGCACAGAAUGUGAUACCACCAUCGGCGUCGUUUCAGGCCGGCAUGACGGAGGAGCAGGCGUUGCAAAGAGCUCUGGAGAUGUCGCUGGCUGAUUCCAGACCGGCCGCUCAGCCGGACCUCACCCCUCAGGAGCAGGAGGACCAGGCGCUCGCUCAGGCUCUCGCUGCCAGCGAGGAAGAAUUCCGGCGUCAGCAGCAGAGACAACAGGUACCCGGCAAGCUUAGGCAUCGGUAGCGUGCUGCGAGGAACACGUGGAGGUGAGAGAGUCCAAAUCGUCCAACUGCAGUCUUUCUUAAUCUCCGACCUCGAGCCGUGUGACUCAUCUACUAGAACCUGCACAUCUGGGAUACAGAUAUCUGGGAGCGAUGAUUGUUCAAUAAAGAAAUCCUCUUUUCUUUAUUACCCAGUAUAUUACACACUUCUACACUAUAAGCACAUGCUUUCCCAGCAGGAUCUGUGAUUUUUACUGAAGCUUGGCUCUGUACAUAUUUUAUAUGCUAAUCAUGACACAUUAUAUUACCAUAUAUGAAUACUGAAUAAAUUAUUUCAAAGAUG